UUGUCUGAUAAUUUAUCAAGAAAGUAUUCAUUUCUUUUUUUAUAUGUAAAUAUCAAUUAAAUUUAAGAAGAAAAUUCAAAAAAAUUUAAAUAUCAAUUAUAUUGCGAUCUAAACUUUUAUAUUGAGAGAACAAUUGCUUGAUCAUCGUGAGAAGUGAUACAAUAUCGUCAGUUAUACGCAUGCGUUUCAGUUGAAUGUAUACUUAGUGUAUUGCUUCACGUAACAAGGGCACAGUACCGUGUGUGACAUUGAAUCUACCGGUAUUCGAAGUGAGAGGAUUCCUCUUCUUCUUUCUCUCUAUUUUCUCCCCCUUUCUAUUAUUAUCCUUCCUUAUUUCUCUUCCUUCUAUUUUUCUUUAUUCCUCCCCUUUCCUUUCUUUAUUCAUUUAUUUUUUCUUUCUCUAUUAUUCUUAUUUUUCUUUUUUUUUAUUUUUAUUUUUAUUAAAUUUAAUGCUAAUUCUUUAUAAUUACGUACUAAAUUUGCAUAACAUGGACAAGAAUAAACGUGAGAGAAAGAUAGCUUCACGAUGGAGAAAUUUUAAACGAAUGCUGCUAAUUAAACGAAAUUUAUAUUGUCUCAUUAUCGUACUUCUAGGAGUAUUGGAAUUCAGAGCAGUUCCGCGACAGUAUAUUGGGUUUUAUUGUAAUGAUCCAAAAAUUUCUUUCAAGUUCAAAGGAGAUACAAUUUCUAAUUCAUUUUUAAUAUUUGGAUGUCUUUUAAUACCAAUUAUAGUGAUGUGGAUAGCUGAAUUUUUAUGUUAUCCUGCAAGUAGUUAUGCUACUGAAUUAGGAUAUGUUGGUUCGAGAGCAAAACAGAUAUGGUUGUGGUAUAGACAAUUUUUAAUUGGAUCUGUUAGUUUAUUGUUUACAUGUGAAGUUAUAAAAACUGUAAUUGGCGAACCAAGACCGCACUUUUUGGAUACGUGUAAACCACGAGAGGCUGAGAAUUGUACCGAUGGAUACGUGGAAAAAUAUACAUGUACAAAUACAAAUGUUUCAGAUUGGAGUAUCUUAGAUUCUAGUAGAUCAUUUCCAUCUGGUCAUUCUUGUCUUUCCAUGCAUACAACUAUUUUUAUUAUAUGUUAUAUACAGCGCCGUUUGCCAGAUCGCUCAGUUAUGCUAAAACCGUGGUUACAAUUGUUGAUGUGCAUGUGGACCGUAGUAUGCUCAUUAACCAGACUUGUUGACAAUAGACACCACUGGUGGGAUGUACUCGCAGGCAUCAUUAUGGGUUUUAUUUGUGGCACAGUAAUUGUUAACGUACUGUGUUGUAAGUUUCAUAUAAAUAGAAAAGUUUCACAAAUCUACUGUGAAAAUGGACAAGUUAAUAUUGAUUAUGAGACAAAACAAAACGGCAAAAAACUUUUACACGAAACAACAAUUGACCUUUCAGAAAAUCGUGAAUUAAAAAAUGUUAAGUCAUCGACAUGGAAAGAAUAAAAAUCAAAAAUUCAUAAUGUAUAAUGGAAAAAAAUUCAAUUUGCAAAAGAAACAUUCGAAAAAAUUAUAUAUAUUUUUAAAAAAG